GGGACGCAAGGGACUUGUGGUAUAGAUCGAUAACCUGUGCGGCAGGGUCGCGCAUCGUGGACGCCGGGCUAGAUCUAGUUUCGCCACGUGGCAGGCGGAGGCUGAGCCCAUUGAUCACCAUCAUAGCCGGGGUUAGACGGAGCGGAGAGAGGAGGAGCCCGUUCGCUCUACAAGCGCGGGAAGCAGGAACGGCAACAGCGUGACCGAGGGGAAGCAUUGUGAAGAUGUAUUCCGUUGGGCAUCUGGGUCGACGCAUCGCUCAAAGAAAUGGCGUCAUGCUUACGCGUGCGUAUUCGACGGAGGCUUCUCGUACCGGAAGGGUACUCACGGACGAGGAGAGGGCUGCGGAAAGCAUGUACAUAAAGAAAAUGGAGCACGAGAGGUUAGAGAAACUGAAGAAGGCACAACACUCUCCGAGUGCACACACCGAGGAGGCAACCUCUCCAUCGAGCAGAAGUGGAACGGAGGGAGCCACAGCUCAGAAGGCUACAGACUCGUCAACAUCGGUGGCAGUCUUUGGAGGACUGUCGGCCGUGGCUCUUGGAGGCUACUUCUUCUUGCGCACGGAGGGCAAGAAGGAGGAGAAGGACUAAGCAUGCAGUCCUUUCCCUGAACCAGCGUCCCGUGAGUGGCUGAGGAUGGUUGACUGGCAAGAUGUCAUUUCACCAUCCAUCCUUCGUUUGACAAAUUGUUCGAUAGUCACGACCGAUUUGUACAGAGACUCUCUUGUAACUGGUGUCUCUCUUAACUUAGAAGGAAAAAGGGAAAGCCGAAUGUGGAACACAGCGGCAUCUCGUGGUGGUAAAUUCACUGCAGCAAACGAAUUUUUGGUGAUGAUUGCUAUUCCGAUGGAUCAGGGGACGUACUGCAUGGAUGUGUGUGCCAAAGCGGUUUUGCCCCCCGUGAUUCGCACUGGGGGCAUGGUGGCAUGAGCAAGGUGAGAGCAGCUGAUUCCCCGGGGGGCUAUGCGUGGACUCACUGAUGGCAUGGUCGUCUACUACAUCAUGAUGGAAAAUGAUGGACAGCAGAAUGUUGUUCGCACGGGAUGCUGGAUGUUUGAUUGAUUGGGAGAAUUGAAACUUUGGGCUUGUUUUCUGAGUUUGUUUUGAAACUUUUGAAAGUGUUUGUGUUUCCGAUUUUGUUGGAUGUGUGCUACUUUCUUCUUUGAUGAACGGUUUACCCUGACCCCUUGUAGGUGCUGCUGCUGCGAUGAAGGAUAUAUAUAUCCAGGGCAGACCAGGGGGGCCUUCUCCCUUGAGGAGGUGGGGUUCUCAUGUAACUCCAGAUGUACGGUUAUUCCUCAUUUUCCAGCGUAGCUGAGUCCAAGCCCUGUGUGGUGACUAAUCCAGUGCAAUUGGGUUUGAUUAACAUAUUAAGUAUAUAAACUCCGACGAAACAGUUUGUCACAGCCCCUCGUUUGUUGUCCUCUUCUCUCUCUCUGCCUACGGUUUACCGGGCAGUUCUAUUUGUGACGAUAUAUAUAUAUAGACAAGACAAGAAAAGAAGAAGUAAAAAACAGAAACAAAGACAGGCAGGUCCUGUAUCUUGACGCAACGGUGAUGCUGUGCUGUGUGAGUAAUUGAGGCCCACAUGCUGGGCAGUGAGUACGUUCGUGACCUGGAACAGAGUUCAGAGGAAAUGGUUGUGAGGGAAGAAGCAUGCAGUGGUGAGUAGUCCCUCUCUUUCCGGUGUUUCGUCCCCUUGACACAAUACCAACUGCCCCGUCAGAUGGGGUAAUCAGGAGCUUAUACUUUGUGUACAAAUGAAAAUCUUCAUGUGGA